AAAAGUUAAUUUCUUUCUCACUAAGUUUGUGUUUCUCUGUUUAUUAAUAACUCAGUUCUUUCAUUUUCUUUUUGCAUAACGCAACAAUAUAAACCUAAGGAAUAAUUUCUUUAUUAUGGCUUUCGAUGCUGUUCAUGAUAUCAGUUCCCUCCUUUCCUCUGAGAGGAGGGAUUUUCUCAUUCGUAACAAUGGCGAUCAGGUAAAGAUCAGUUCUUUAAUUGGAAAGAGAGUUGGAUUAUAUUUCUCAGCAGGAUGGUGCCCUCCAUGUCGACUUUUCACACCAAAAUUAUCAGAAUUUUAUAAGGAAUUGUUAGCUAAUAAUUCUAAAAAUAAUGACUUUGAAAUUAUCUUCAUUUCUUCUGAUAGAGAUGCACUCUCAUUCAAAGCUUACUUCUCAAAAAUGCCAUGGUUGUCCAUUCCAUUUGAUGAUUUAGAGACCCAAAAGAAGUUGAAAAUAUUGCUUCAACUUAGAUCAAUUCCUUAUCUUGUUGUUAUUGAUGGCAAUGGCAAAGUUUCAAGUGAUGAUGGUGUGAAUUUAGUGAAGGAAUUUGGAGUUGAUGCUUAUCCUUUUACUGCUGAUCGAAAGAAGCAACUUCUGGCUCAAAAAGAAGAGGCUAAGAAAAACACUCAAACCAUUACUUCCGUUUUGGCUUCUGCUUCUCGCAAUUAUUUGGUUUCUAAUGAUGGAAAACAGAUUCCUGUCUCUAAGCUGGAAGGAAAAUUGAUAGGGUUGUAUUUCUCACUGCCUGGCCAUGAACAUUGUGAAGAUUUUACACCAAAAUUAAGUGAAGUUUACAACAAAUUGAAGAAGAAGGACGAGAAUUUUGAGAUUGUGUUCGUCUCUUUAGAAGAAGAAGAUGAAGAUUUAUUCGAUGAAGCAUUCGAAUCCAUGCCAUGGUUGGCAUUGCCUUUUAAGGAUGAGAAAUGUCAAAAACUAAAACUUUAUUUUGAUGUUGGUGAGAUUCCUGCUCUUGUUAUAACUGGCCAGGAUGGGAGGACUUUAAACCCCAACGCAGUCGACCUAAUCAAACAGCAUGGAAUUGAUGCCUACCCUUUCACUCCCAAGAAACAUGACGUGCUUCAUGGGAAGGUAGAAGCUUCUUGUGGUUGUGAUGGGUCGAAAAAUGACAAUGACAAGACAAUGGAGGAAACCAAAGAUGAGAAGGUAGAAGAUUCUUGCGGCUGUGAUGGGUCGUUGAAAAAAGACGAUGACAAAACGAUGGAGGAAACCAAAGAUGGCAAUGUAGAAGUUUCUUGUGGCUGCGAUGGGUCGUCGAAAAGAGACGAUGACAAAACGAUGGAGGAAACCAAAGACAGGAAGGUAGAAGUUUCAUGUGGCUACGAUGGGUCGAAAAACGAUGGAGACGAAAAGAUGGAGGAAACCAAAGAUAAGACAGUAGAAGUUUCUUGUGGCUGCGAUGGGUCGAAAAAUGACGAAGACGAAAAGAUGGAGGAAACCAAAGAUGGGAAGGUAGAAGUUUCUUGUUGUGGCUGUGAUGAGUCGAAAAACGAUGAUGAUCAAAAGAUGGAGGAAACCAAGGAGGAGAUCAAAGAAGGGUGUGGGUGCAAAGGAUAAAUAGCAUAUAUAUUCAUCAUCAUAGCAAAGAAUAUGGAAGUUUAUGAGUGCACACAUAUACACCUAUAAAACUUCUAUAUAAUGUGCUUCAUUUGCUGCCUUUUUUCUUAAGACUUCGUUUUUUGAAAUUGAAUAAAUCAGAGGAGGGUUGUAGUUUUAAGCAUUUCAAGACAUUUUUUGGUUUAGUUGUUCUAAUUUGAUGGCUUGAGCUAUAUCUCUCUCAGCUUGUAUGUGAUUUCUAUGGUUAAAAAGUCAUUCUCUAUAAUAUUUGUGAGUGUUAUUA